CCGGGGUGCGGUGUGGCAGCUACGCCAGCCCUCAGUGGAGUAAUUUCAUAACCACAAAACAAAGAAGCGGUUAUUUUGUCCCUUCUAAUUAAACCGCAGCUGAAUAUUGACAGAAAAAAAAGGAGGAUGGAAAAACUCAAAAGGGAUAAGAGGCGAUAAUUCAGGCUCAGGAACACCCUGAGGAACCCUGUGACCCAGAUGGGAUCCGGUCCACGCGUUUCUCAUUGCACCCUGUCGGUCAUGUGAUUGCCUGCUGUCUGUGCCCAACCCUGGCCAGCCGCGAGCGAGAGAGGAGAGCAUCCUUCAGCUGGGCUGUUACAGACGGGAUGUGUACCUGUCGAGAUAACUGUCUGCUGCCAAACCAGGCCAAACCUGCUGGUGAAGAAGAGCCCCAUAACGCCAUACAGGCUGCGUUUGGACUUUUGUUCAGGACUCAGUAGGAAGUUUGUGCCAGCAUUUAUUCUGUGAUGGGUACACUUCGGGACCUCCAGUUUGCCCUGCAACUAAAGAUUGAGGAGCUUCGCCAGAGGGACACGCUAAUAGAUGAGCUAGAGCUUGAGCUGGAUACAAAGGAUGAACUCAUCCGGAGACUGCAGGAAGAACUAGACCGCUACAGAACCACUGUCUCCCUCCCAGGAGCCUCUGCAGUCAGUGCAGCUCAAACUGAGGACAGCAGGAGACCUAAAAGGAAGACAGUGAUUUGUGAGCCUCUCACUCUGGACCCAGCGACUCUCGCCUUGGUUUCGCAGAGAAGCUGUGACAAAAGCCACGAGUCCCAGAGGCUGAUCCGGGCAGCAUUUCUGAAAAAUGACUUGUUGAAGAACCUUGAUGAAGGAGAAAUCAGAGCCAUCAUCGCCUGCAUGUAUUCCACCACCAUCAAUCAAGGCUGUUUUGUUAUUCAGGAGGGGACCACUGGGGCUCAGGCUUAUGUUUUAGAAGAAGGCACGCUGGAAAUGAUGAAAGAUGGACUGAAGCUGCUCACCAUUGAACCAGAGGACUUGUUUGGAGAGCUAUCCCUCCUUUACAACUGCACCCACACCUACUCUGUGUCAGCACGAACAAACAGCAAGCUGUGGGUUGUGGACCGCAAGAGCUACCAGACCGUACUCAUGCAGAGUGGUCUCAAGCACCUUUCUCAUUCAGUGGAGCUCCUUAGCAGCCUUCCCUUCCUGGAGUCGCUGCCAGCAGAUGUCCUCAUGAAAAUUUCGGAUCUCAUGGAAGAGAUGCAUUACUCUGACGGUGACUAUAUCAUUCGACAAGGGGCCACAGGAGACACUUUUUAUAUCAUUAGCAAUGGCCAGGUGAAAGUGACAGAAAAGAGGCCAGGGCAGGAAGAACAGGUAGUUCUUUCUAAGCUCUCUGAGAGACAGUGGUUUGGAGAAAAAGCCCUGUGGGGAGAGGACAUUCGGGCUGUGAGUGUGAUAGCUGCUGGAGAAGUUACAUGCUUGGUAAUAGACAGAGAGACCUUUAAGGGCAUUGUCGAUGGGUUGGCACCUGAUUGCGAUCAAGAGGCACAACCAGGCAGUGAACCAGAAGUCGACUCAGGUGUGGAUCCUACCCUCCUGUCUACUUCCGCCUUAAGUGAUUUCCAGAUUAUCUGUGCUUUGGGAGUCGGGGAAUUUGGUCACAUAGACCUGGUGCAACUGAAGAGCAAGAACAAGUGUCCUUUUGCCAUGAGGGUCCUCAAGAAGAAGCUGAUUGUUAGCAGUGGUCAGCAAGAGCACAUCCAAAGGGAAGGCUGCAUCCUAAUGGAGACCCACUGUUCAUUUAUAGUCAGGCUGUAUAAAACCUUUAAGGACGCAGAGCAUCUAUACAUUUUGACAGAAGCUUGUCUUGGUGGGGACUUAUCCAAUCUACUCAAAGACAAGGGAUAUUUGGACGAAUGCAGCACCAGGUUCUACACAGCUUGUGUUGUUAAGGCCUUGUCCUUUCUACACUGUCGAGGUGUCAUCUACAGGGACGUCAAGCCUGAACAUGUUGUCCUGGAUCAGCAUGGUUAUGCCAAGCUGCUUGGCUCCAGAUGUCUAAAGAGGGUUGAAGUGGGUAAGAAAACCUGGACAUUCUGUGGCACGCUGGGCUACAUGGCACCUGAAAUCAUCUCUAACAAAGGCCACAACAUAGCUGCAGACUUGUGGUCACUGGGUGUUUUUGUUUUUGAACUUCUAAGUGGUAGGCUCCCAUUCGGUGGCUCUGACCCGUUGAAAAUUCUCACUGCAACAAUUCGUGGCAUCGAUCAGGUCGACUUCACAAAAACCAUCAGCAAAAGUGCCUCCAGUCUCAUAAAGAAACUGUGCAGGAGCAAUCCCUCAGAGAGACUGGGCAGUCAGAGAAAUGGGGCCAGGGACAUUCAGAAACACAAAUGGUUUGAAGGAUUCAACUGGGACGGACUCUGUGAAAGAACAUUAACAGCCCCGGUUAUUCCCAAACUCAAGCACCCUUUGGAAAGCAGUUCAUAUGGUUGUUAUACUGAGGAUUCGGUGGAGCUGUGCACAGACUGGGAUGAUUUCUAAUGGAUUUCUGUGACCCGGAAACAAAAUCCUGUCAGACACUACUUCAGGUUUAGUUUCCAUGAAUAAUUGACUUCCCACAGACUUACUGCCAUUAAGAAUUCAUCAUAUUUAAAAAAAAAACAAACAUUUAAUGUAGGUUUUGUUUGAUAAACGAACCAUGCUGCCUGCUGAAUUAAU